GUGAUACCAUCUGUCGGAGCAGACGCGGUGGAGUCACGCAGGACAAUAGAGCGGUUUUAACCACCAAAACCCCAAACAGGAGUCGAUCGGUCAACAUGACCGCAUUACUUGGCAAAUAUUUAAAGCCCCGUGGUCGGCUGCUUCUACACCUGCCGUGUUAACGCAGACGGCUAACAGCUAGCAGGUGCCCUCCACCACCGGAUCCCAGGGACGGAGACGCGGUCGCUGCUCGGAGCGGAUGAGCUGCUUCCGCUUUGGCUGCAGCCGCGCUGUCACAGCGGGAGGAUGAGCGACCAGGAAUGUAGCCCUUUAUUCCAGAAACCAGCGGGACGGACGAGGGUCAUACGAUGCAUCUACGUGGUGGGCUUCAUGGACUUGUUCGGGGUGAGCAUGAUCAUCCCACUGCUCAGCCAUCACGUGAAAGCCCUUGGAGCCAGUCCCACUGUGGCUGGCAUCGUAGGAUCUACAUAUGGGAUGUUGCAGCUCUUCUCAAGCACAGUGGUUGGCAGCUGGAGCGACGUGGUGGGACGCCAGUACUCUCUGCUCACCUGUCUGCUGCUGAGUGCUCUCGGCUACGGCCUCCUGGGCACGUCCACCAGCAUCGCCUUGUUUGUCCUCGCACGGAUACCUGUGGGGCUGUUCAAGCACUCGCUGUCCAUCUGCAGAGCCCUGCUGUCCGACCUGGUGUCAGCGUCGGAGCGCCCUCUGGUGAUGGGGCACUUUAAUGCGGCUUCAAGUGUUGGCUUCAUCCUGGGUCCCGUGGUGGGCGGCUACCUCACCGAGCACGAAGGAGGCUUUUAUACCUCCUCCUUCACCUGCGCCGCAAUCUUCAUUAUUAAUGCAGGGCUGGUAUGGAUGCUGCCAUGGAGCGAGACACGCCUCCACUGCAAUCACACCAACGGCAGCAGUAAGGCGGACGACCGUUGUCAUGACAACCGCUGUAGGAAGACUGUACACAAUGGCUCCCAUGCACACGGUCACCACUUAUUGCCGGCAGCUGACACUGAACUGAGCGCCAGAGCUGCAAAAAAGCCCCAGAGUGAACUCCCGUGGGGGGAGGUGUCUCUGCUCCAGCCUGCCUGGAGACAGCUGUCCUCAGUGGGCUCCAGAAUCCACAUGGUGGCCUCCUCCGACAUGUGGGACCUCUUCUUGGUGCGCCUCCUGAUGGCCAUAGCCAUCAUGCUCUACUACAGUAACUUCUCUCUGGCCAUGGAGGAGCGCUUCUCCCUGAAACCUAAAGUGACGGGGUAUCUGAUCAGCUACAGCAGCACCCUGGGGGCCCUCGCUGGGUUCCUGGUGGGGCCCGUGACGCAGCUCUACGGAAACAACAUGUCCGCUCUGCUGCUCCACUCCACGGUCCUCACCUGCUCGCUCAUCUUCCUCUAUGCUGCCGCGCCCAGCGUCUGGCAGGUGCUGCUCACCUCCACCUUCUUCGCCAUUUCCACCACCAUUGGACGGACGUGCAUCACCGACCUGGAGCUGCAGAGGGGGGGGGUCCAAGCCAGCGGGACUCUGAUCGGAGCCGGCCAGUCCGUUACCGCUGUGGGCCGCAUCUUGGCCCCUCUGCUUUCUGGACUGGCUCAGGAGUUCAGCCCGUGCGGCCCGGCCAGCGUGGGAGUGGUCCUGGCUCUAGCCGCCGUGGGCUUACUGCUCAUCAGAAUCCCCACGUGGGACAGGAGAGGGAGGACGCAAACCGACAAACUCAGACGAGCCGAAUGAUUUUUUUUAAAUCGGACAUUUGUGAUGAGAACACUGAUUAUGCACCACUCAGAGAAGUGCUCUUAUUUAUAGGGAAUGUGGAAGACUGUUGCAAUGAUGUGUCUCCUCUGGGCCUGUGUCUUUACUGGAUGCUUUUCGCCAGAAGAAGCUGUGGGUUCGAAUGGACCUUUAGCGCAGGUUUACCACCUGUGCUGAAAUUUGCCUGGGAAGAAAUGUGUCACGUCAUCAGAAGGAAACACGAGAAUGGUUAAUAUAAUCCUGCAGUCACUACACUGUCCAAGUUACUGUAGCGUAUAUGGGUCUGCUGAUGAUGCACCUACUGCUUCACCAAAGAUUGUCAUACAGUACGUUAUUAAUACACAUAUCCAGAAAUAAGAUGAAACUGUGGUGAAAUGUACAAAUUGCACUAAAGAUUACCUCAGCACCAGUUUAAUGCACUGCAUCAGAAAUGGUUCAUGUGGUGGUAAAGAACAAGCUGUUGACCUUCAGGUUAAAGUCUGUUUUUUAAAAUGAACAAUCUAAAAUGACAGUUCAAGUUCAUCUGAAACACUGAAACAAGAGGUAGUAAACAUGUAAAAAAAGGCACUAAACAUUUACAUGCGUGACAAAUUGUUACAGAGAAACAAAUAAAAAUGACAUUGAGUUUAA